CUAACCCCUCAGACCUGAGAAGCUUGGGGGUCCAGCCACCUAGUUCUGCCUGUGUUACAGUGAAGAGGAUCUGCUUAGGAGAUGAAGCUCUUGAACUGGUUAACAGAGAUACUGAUAAUUCUUGGGGUCACAAUUACAAGUGCAAGUGUUGAAGCAGAAAAACAUAUUAAAAGACAAAAAGAAACGAAUGUCACCACACAGGUAUCAAUGAAUGAAGACAAACAAGUUUUAUCACAUAUAUUAGAACAAAGAAAAUUGAGUGAAAUAAUCAAAACAAAAAAUCUCUUAGAAAUCAAGAAGAAACUCAAAUUAAAAAUAAAAAGAAUUGAAAAUAGAGACCUCCCAGAGAGAAAUACAAAUCACUCGUUUAUCCAACUUCAGACAGGUUGCUGUGGUCUGUAUCCCAUAGAUGAGAAACCAGAAGUACAGAGAACUCAGGUAAUGUGCACGACAUUGCAAAGCUGUUUUCUAGGGAAACGGGAAUGGAAACUCGGAGCUUCUGGAAUUACUGCCCUCUACCUCCUAGCCACUAUGUUGUAUGUGCCUCACAAAAAUAAGCUGGCAUUAUGA